AUGAAUAGUGUAGACUCUUAUCAAAUUGGCUGGAUUGCUGCUCUUCCCAUCGAGCGUGCCGCAGCCCUCGCUGUGCUUGAUGAGCGCUACGAGGAACCCGAAGAAUUCGAGCAACAUCCGUUCGACACAAACUCAUACAUUUGGGGCCGAAUAGAAAGGCAUAACGUCGUCAUAGCUUCACUUCCUGCCGGUGUGCCUGGAACUCGUUCUGCCGCUGUUACGGUGGCAAAGUUCCUCUCAUCUUUACCUCAUAUAAAGAUCGGCCUGUUGGUGGGCCUAGGGGCGGGUGUCGCUCGACCUGAUCAAGGUCGGGAUAUCCGCCUCGGCGAUGUCGUUGUCAGCCAGCCUCAAGGACGAACGGGAGGUGUCAUCCAAUAUGAUCUUGGAAAGGCCAAAAUAGGACAGGUAUGGGAACGCAGUGGCAUUCUGAACACGCCUCCCUUGGUCCUACUUCAUGCGGUGGCGGCUCUACAGGCAGAGCAUGAGUUGUGGGCAAUCACUCCUCUAGUACACCGGCCCCCAAUUCAAGGCUCAAAGUAUAUCCACCAAGGGUUUGAGAAUGAUCGGCUCUUCAAGGCAACAUUUGAUCAUGUUGAAGGCUAUACAUGCGCCAACUGUGAUCCAGCCUACGAGAUUAAGCGCGAAGCACGCGGUGCCAAAGACCCAUGGAUUCAUUACGGCAUAAUUGCUUCUGGGGACACUAUAAUUGAGGACGCCGCUACUCGAGACAGGAUAAUAAGCGACGUCGGAGAAGACAUUUUCUGCUUUGAUACGGUAGCGGCUGGCGUCAUGCAUAGCUUCCCUUGUCUCGUCAUCAAAGGGAUAAGCGACUACGCCGACUCUCACAGGAAUGAUCAAUGGCAACGAUAUGCCGCUGCAACAGCAGCCGCGUAUGCAAAGGAGCUUCUUGGAUGGAUUCCCGGAGGACAGCACCCAAAAAUACGAACAAUCGAUGAAAUUUCUCUGCGUUAG